UAGCUUUGAUGAGAAUAUAACUAACACAAGCCAACAGGAUGUAAACUAUAUGUGAUAUUCUUUACACGGCUAUACGGAAUAGGAGGCUAAUUUGUCGGCCGUCUUGGGAGAACUCUUAACUUGAAGAAAUAGAGAAUACCGAACUUGAUUAAUACGAUGAUAAGCAUAAAGCAAUAAGAGACAAGAAACCAGUUAAUACUAUACAAAGGUGCAUUAUAUCUGAAAAUAAAUUAAAGGUGCAAUCUUAAUUUUGGAGACCAUUUGAAGAAAAAGACUCGAGGAUCUGCAAUGUUGUUCAACAUGGUGUCUCCUUCGCCAGUGUAUCCUGCUCCGUUGAAUCUAUCGACAAAUACGAACACUCAACAGAAUAUGUCACUGGCUCAUCAGCAUGCCUUGACCAGCUCCCACGCCCACGCUCUGCUUAUGGAGAACAUACUAAGAGAGAGGAGGGUCCAGUUUGAACGCACAAUGGCCGCCCAGCAAAUGGCAUACGAAAAGAGGAUGUCUGAAUUGAGCCCCCAUGGUGACAGAGACUUAAAAGAAUUCCAAGAAAGACCAGAGUCACCGCCUAAGCCUAAGUUAAAGUUCGGUGUCAGCGCUAUACUAUCGUCUGCAAUAUCGCCUAAGUCAUCAAACGAUAAAAAAUCAGUUAGUCCUUCCCCGAGCGUAUCACCGCCAGCAAGUAGUCCCGUCCAGCGGAUUGAUACUCAACGGUCAGCUGAUCAGACGAGUGGCAUGAUUAGUCACGGGUAUCUCCCGGGAAUGUUGCCCACCGGAUGCUGUGGACCAAGACCAGUGUACGGCAAUAUCUUACAGCCUUUAGCCAGACACCCGUAUUUUGGAAAUCCUGCCAUGCUUCCACUACCAAAUGCAUUCUCACUGCUUAGCAGUAUGAGGGGAAAGCCAAGAAGAGGGAUGCUCAGACGUGCAGUGUUCUCUGACGCACAACGCAAAGGAUUGGAGGAAGCCUUCCAGAAGCAAAAAUACAUCAGUAAACCAGAUAGAAAGAAACUUGGAGAAAAGUUGGGAUUAAAAGAUUCUCAGGUAAAAAUCUGGUUCCAAAAUCGAAGGAUGAAGUGGCGGAAUUCAAAAGAGCGGGAACUACUUUCUUCCGGUGGAUCACGUGACUCAACUUUACCCACUCGUGAUAACCCAAAUCCAGAUCUCAGUGACGUAGGGAUCGGAAGUGAUAAUUCUGACAAUGCAUGUGAUAUCAUAAAAGUUCCGUCUCACGCUAUCCACAGAAUAGACAAUGAGGUAGCUGAAAUCUCUCAGUCAGACAUUGCAAUGGUUGAUGACAUUGACGAAGGUCAUAGUGAUGUCGACUCUUCAGAUGACGAAUAUCUAGAUGUAUCAUAGAACAAAUAUGUUCCAAAUCAUUGUACAUACAAAUAUUGUUAAUUGUAUAUAAACAUGUUUAAUCUUUAACUCACUGUAAACAUUACUGUACAUAUUAAAUUGUAAAUUCUGUAAAUUAUAUAAUGGUAAUAUAAGUUCUAUGGUUACAAAAAAUAUGAAAAGCAUUGUUUUUACUAUUUUGCCAACCUAAAAAUAAAC